AUGGGUAGCGUGCUCAGUUCAAUCCGUCCCACGCCACCGCCCCCAUCUGAUAGCGCACGUUUCAUAAGUCCGGUACAACGUCAAACGCACUUGUGCGGUCCGCGAACCAUCUACAAUAGCGUCAAAGAUCUCAGUAAGCGUGUCGACUUCUACGAAGAAAUCACUAUCUUCGCUUGGCCGUCACGCGGAGGUGUGAUCGUACUCGAGAGGCCCUGUCCUGCAGAUUUCGACUUUCUCAGCCUCGAUCGUCUCGAUCCUCCGAAGAAGCGUCACGCCACUCGACAAGAGGAAGACGACUUUGCUCAGCGCUUACUAUUGCUCGGUGGGAAGUGGUGGGAUUCUCCCGCUAGACACUCCCUGUUCACUCAACCCGACCACUUGCAAGAUGAGGACGAAAUGGCUGCUCUCCCUGAGCCGACGGCAAGGGAAAACGUGUGGGUUGGUGUCGCAUGGCCUAGUUCGGGUGGAUUGGUCGUAGCUGAGUGGCCGACCAUGAUGUACCCUGGUGGACGCAUGGACGACGUCGCUCCAGACGAUGUGUCGAGAUUGUUUUUGUCUAUGACGAUGGACGAGAAGGCGGUAGUGCUGAUGGACAGACUCGAAGGGAAGUGGUGGAAGGGAGUCGAGAAUUACGAGGCUGGGGAAACCAUCGAGGCGAAGUUGGCGGACUUCAACAAACGUGGCCAAACGAAGGAGAGAGCCAGAAUCCUGGUAGUAAAGCUCUGCCUGGUCAACGAGUUCUCUCAUCCAGAGAAUCAAACUUCGAUGUAG